AACCAGCCCUAGACCUCUGCUUGAGGGUUCUUCCUCUGAAGACAUCACCAGUGUGUGGAGCCUGCCCCACACCCACCCCCUGCCAAACCACGGCCUUUACCUGUGUCUUCCGGUGUUUCCCGUGCGACCCAUCCUGUGGGAGUGCCUCGUGGGCUGCCCCGGAGUUCGCCCCACACUCAGCGGCACCAAUGGUGAAGAUGACAAGAUCGAAGACUUUCCAGGCAUAUCUGCCUUCCUGCCACCGGACCUACAGCUGCAUUCACUGCAGAGCUCACUUGGCAAAUCAUGAUGAACUAAUUUCUAAGUCGUUCCAAGGAAGUCAAGGACGAGCAUACCUCUUUAACUCAGUAGUUAACGUGGGCUGUGGGCCUGCAGAAGAGCGAGUGUUGCUAACAGGACUGCAUGCAGUCGCAGACAUUUACUGUGAAAACUGUAAAACCACGCUGGGCUGGAAAUAUGAACAUGCUUUUGAAAGCAGCCAGAAAUAUAAAGAAGGCAAAUACAUCAUUGAACUAGCACACAUGAUCAAGGACAAUGGCUGGGACUGAUGGAACAGCAUCCACCCAACCCAGUGUCCACACGAACGCCAUCCAACCGAACAUUCUACCCAAGCGUGAGAGAGUGACUGAACACUGGUUCCAUCCAUUUAGAGGCCUUGCCAUCUGGGGAAUCCUCCCACCCUGAUGCCAUCUUUCUGGUGACCGGCCUCUAAAUCGCUGUCUCUCUGUCUCUUUGCUUUGUAUCUGUUUGUGAGUUGAUCCUGGCUUCUCCCUCUGUUCUAGUGUUGGCUGAAAACAAAACAACGAAAGGAACAGAUCCUCGACCGCAUGGCGGCAGCCUACCUUGAUAAGGGCCCCAGGGCCCACGCAAGAGCUGCCUGAUGGCCCCUUGUCAGGAGAGCAGUAGCUCGGGGGAGUGAGGAAGAGGGAAAAAGGGGAACCCUGAGC